AUGCAUUUUUCCACAGCCACAGCUCUCACCAUCCUCGCCGCCGUCUCACAGGCAUCGGCAUGGACCAUCACCCUCUACAACAACGUCGAAAAUUGCGAUGCAAAUGACAGCACCGAAUACCAAAUCAUCGAGGGCAACCAAGGCGACUGCUACACCCUCGGCGCAUCCAUGCCCCGCACGACAUGUGAGCAUUUCACCGACGGUGGCAUCAACAAGAAGGGCUGCCGCGGAUUGUUCAAGGCAACAUCUGUUGCUAUCCCCAGAGGAACGAACUGCCAGUUCUAUGGAUUGGAUUUUUGCCAAUCGCUCAGUAUUUAUGGAGAUGAGGGCAAGUGCAGAAACAACAGGGAGCUUCUUGCCGGUCCAGGAGAUUAUUUCCGAUCUUUCAAAUGCGAAAACGACGAGUAG